AUGAGCGGAUCACCUCGCAGAGCCGCCGGUGUGGCCGAAGAGCAUCGCGCGUUCAUAGAUCGAAUGGAGUUGAUGUAUGAGUACCUCAUCGGAGAAGGCUACGUCCGCCAUAUGGACAUCCAGGUCCCUCCCCAUGGCAUGCCCAAGGACCCCGUGAAUGUCAUCAACUUGCGCGGUGCCGGCCUCGAACCAGACACCAUUGAGCUGAUUGGCAUCCUGCCAUGCUUCACCAAUUACGCCAAUGCCGAGCAGCGAGUUGCCUCCCGCUUAGAGUACGACAUUCCCAUCGCUCCAGGAUGCGCCGCUGUUUCGUAUCUGGUGAAUUCCUUCCUUCCAGAAGACUUCAGGGACGUCGGGAGUGAUGAGCGUAUGCCUCCAACAACAUUCAAGAUUGCCACCGCAAUCGGUCCAGCAGGUUGGAACAUUGCCUACGACAUGCAGAAGAAGAUGAUCACAAAAUGGCCACUCAACGGCUGGGCCAAUCGCCAUGACGUGUCGGUCGAGGACUUCUUCUCGGACUGGGCUCAGCGUGUGAAGUCUGACGAAUGGGUCUUUAGUGCAAGGCCAGCAUGCUUCCUUCGCACUAUCCAAGUCCGGCCCGGCACUGGUACCAAUGGCCACGCGCACGAUCACUGAUGCAUUCGACACGUGCACGCCUGGACUGUCUGCUUCCUUACGUCCCGGAGCAGGCUUCUGCGCGUACGGACGCUGUGCACGCAUCUUUUUUUUUUUGAAGCAUUGGCUGUACCUGAGUAGUACACGGCACAGGAUAUGCUUUCACAAGAACGCGACAUGAUUGCAGUAUGAACAUUACCGAGCACACUCACGACAGGAUUGGGAAGAUAGAGGAACACAAAAGUAGUGAUACAGAUAAAUUGAAUUCACAGC